UGUCCCGCCGCUGUCCGUUAGCGCGUGCAGUCAGUGUAUUUUGACUGACUGGUCGGUGAAGUCGCUGAACGGGUAGACGAACAAUCACCAUGGUGGGAGUGGAGCGCAGGUCUGAGCAGGUGAGGGCGUGAUCCCUCUGUGAUUGGUCGAUAACGAGACGGACGGCUGGACAGACCGAGACAGACGGAGGAGACGAAGAAUGGCUCGAAAUGUUAACUUCGACCUGACCCACCCUCUCGUGGAAGCUGGACUGGAGAGUCCAAUAGACGAGGAAGGUGUUCACGACUCGUUCAGCCAGCUGAUAGCAGAGCAGAGUCAGAAUGGAGAACCGUCCGAAGCCUUCGAGCUGCAGCAGCUGCAGAGAGACCUGGAUGAGGAGGGUCGAGAUGAUGUAGGCCACCUGUCCAGCCCUGAACAUGACUUUAGAGGAAGUAGGCAGGUGCGAAGUGACGUGGAAUGGGAGGAUGAUGAAACACAGACAGACCCCCUCAUAGGUGAACGUUGGUCCUCUGCCACCAUGAAGGUCCUGUCCUCUAUGCCCAGUCGCACCAUCGGCCGCAGCAGGGGAGCCAUCAUCUCUCAGUACUACAACAGGACCAUGCAGCUUCGGAGACGCAGGCAGAGCAGACCCGCCAUCCGAGACUUCUCCCGCUCAGCCAGACCGAGCAUACGAGGCUACGGCAUGGAGGCCGACAGUACAGACGCAGAGGGCACAGAGGCGAGUAAGAGGGAACGUUUGGUGAACAACCUGCAGAACCUGUCAGUGAGUGACAGAGUCCGGAUGCUCCGAGCGAUGCCUCUCAGUGUGGCUGAGAAGAGUGAACUCAGGAUGUUAGCGCUGCAAAAAGAGAAACGCACACUUUCAAGCAGCAAGCUCCCCUGUUGCAGUAGACUCAAAUAUUACAUAAUCAUUGCUGCCAGACACAGUUGGUACAGCUGGCUGUCCUUCCUGCACUCCCUCCAGCUGUGGCAAGUGGCACUCAAGAGAGUGAGUGGGCGUUUCGGCACUGGAGUCCUCUCAUACUUCCUCUUUCUCAAGACCCUACUCUUCUUCAAUGUCUUCCUGUUCCUGGUGACGGGUGCGUUCCUGGUGCUGCCUCAGGCUGUGCACCCUCCAGUGCUCCCUGCAGAGAGAAACUUCUCUGGACUGGAGCUCCUCACCGGAGCGGGCUAUUUCUCAGACACAGUGAUGUACUAUGGAUACUACUGUAACUACACACUGCGUAAGAGCUGCAGCGAUGAUGUUGGGGGGCAGAAUGCCUCCCUGUCCAAUGGUACCAGAUUGGACUGCGUGUCGAAGCACCACUCUUACAACAUGCCGCUUGCAUACUUCUUCACCAUAGGAGUGGCUUUCUUCAUCACAUGUAUCAUCCUCGUUUACAGCAUGUCAAAGUCAUUUGGGCAGAGCUUCCGAAUCGACAACUCUCACAGUAUGUUGGCCAUUAAGGUCUUCUGCUCCUGGGACUUCAAGGUCAUUAAGAAAACCUCUGUGAGACUCAUGUCUGAGAAUAUUGGCACCCAGCUCAAGGAGCUGCUAGCAGAGGUGAAUCACAAGAAUGUCAAGAACACUGCGUGUCAGAAGCUGUGGAGACUGAUGGUUCAUGGCCUGGCAUGGACUAUCUGCAUAACAAGCACCGCUGCCUCUGUGUCUGCUAUUUACUACUUCUCUAAUCACAUGCACAAGAAGCUCGAGCAAAGAUCUCAUAGUGCCGUCAAGAACCCCUUGUUAAAUGAGGCCAGCCUGCUGGCGCUCCCCGUGGUGGUUUCCCUCAUCAACCUGCUGCUGCCCGCCCUGUUCAACCUUGCAGCCUGGAUGGAGGACUAUGAGUCACCCUCUGUACGCACAUACGUCGCCAUCGGCAGAAACUUGAUGUUGAAAGUCAGUGUGCUUGGAGUCUUGUGCUACCACUGGCUGGGUCGGGUGGCUGCUGAUCCUGCAAGUAUUAAACCGAAGUGCUGGGAGAGUUUCGUUGGUCAGGAACUUUAUCGCUUCCUAAUUAUGGAAUUCAUCUUCACUCUACUGGACACCUUGUUUGGAGAGUUUCUUUGGAGGUUGUUUUCUGAGAGGGUGCUGAAGAGGAGGAGAAAACCAGUGUUUGAUAUCGCCAGGAACGUCCUUGAACUCAUCUAUGGACAGACGUUGGCCUGGUUGGGUGUUCUCUUCACUCCUCUCCUGCCUGCAGUGCAGAUGAUCAAACUCUUGCUGCUCUUCUACAUCAAGAAGGGUAGCAUAAUGAUGAACUGUCAGGCUCCCCGGAAGCCAUACAGAGUCAGCCAGAUGACCACCAUCUUUAUCACCCUCCUCUGCUUCCCCUCCUUCCUCGGUGCCUCUGUGUGUGUCACAUACACAAUGUGGAGUAUCACGCCCUCCUCGUCGUGCGGUCCCUUUCGCGAGCUCAAAACGAUGUUCCAAGCAGGGAAGCGCUGGGUGGAACAACUGGAAAAAGAUAAUCCCAACCUGUCCGUGCUGGCCAGGGCUCACGCCUACCUGGUGGAAAACCCUCUCUUCCUGUUUCUGGGAGCAGGCAUCUUCCUGAUAGUCAUCUACUUCCACAGUCAGGUGGUGGACGGUCAGAGGAAGAUCAUCAACUUACUACAGGAGCAGAUAGAAAAUGAAGGAGAGGAUAAGAAGUUUCUGAUCACUCGCCUCCAGUCUAUCCAUGAGCAAAAAAAAACCCCCACCCGAAGACUCACAAGUCAGGACUCAGGCUGCUGAGAUCCCAGCCUCUCCAGUAGACAAGCCUCCUCAAUUGUCUGAGCACUGAGGUCUGGAGUGAUCUUAACCCCAUUAUAGACAGGGAAGGACAACUGUAUGACCAAAUUCAAAUGCAUUUGGUAGAUUUUAAAUUUGUUGAGGAUUGUAAUGGACAUAUCAGGUGAAACAAAGCUGUCUGCUUUAUACAGUGCUGUUUAAAGAGGAAAUGGCGACAUUAAAUGAUACAGACAGAACCUGAAAAAUGUUAAAGCUGAUGCCAACAGUUUUUAUAGAUUUCAGUCAUCUCUCAUAGAAGCACUUUUCAUAUCAACUGUGAACACAUUUUUUAAAGUUUAUAUAUAGUUUUCUGGUAAAAAAAAUGUAUGUAGUCAUAAAUGUUUUUUUAUGCUUUUAAUUUUUUAAAGUACGUAUGUUGUAGAUAAACAUUGGAUGUUGUGGAUGUGAGCAUGAUAAUACUGGAAAGGACUUCUUGUUUUUCGUUUUUGCUUUAGGCUGAUAAUUACCACUGUAUUGUCAUACUUUUGGGAUUAAAUUAUGUUUUAUCAUA